GUAUCCACGGCCUCACUCUCAGCCUAACUAUGGUUACCUGAGCCCACCACCUCUCUUCCCCCACCACCAUGGACACACCUCAUUCCCUCCCCAGGCCCACUCACAACCCACCCACCCGUUACACACCUCAUACAACAUCAUCCCGCCCUUCCUCAAGCACCCAGAGUUCACGGAGCGGAACUUCAACAUGGCCGACCAUCGGUACGGCUACCACGUCAAUGACGUCAGUGUCAAGCAGGAACCCAGGGACAUCACGUUCGACUCUAGUACAUGCUGCGAAACAUCAGGCACAUGUUCAACUUUGACCCGACCUGACCUCUCCAGCCAACACAGUCCACACGAAGUGGUAUCCCACCCGUACGAUUCAGCCAUGCGCUAUUUCUACCCGGAUGACUCGGCGUAUCUGUCCCACUUCAGGGACAAACACAAAG